AGUUAGAAUGUGAGCCCUCCUGCGCAAUGCCGCUGGGACAGCAUGGCUGGGCAGGCUCACCACGGAGCUGGGAGCACAGACGGAGCCAUCAUGGAGGCCGUGGUGCGGGUAAACCGCUACCGCCACGCGCCCGCCGGAAGACAGCCCCCGGCCGAAGAGCUGGACCAAGAGGCAGAGGUUCAGGUUGACCCUCAGGAGAAUCAGCCAGAGGAGAAUCAAUCAGAGACCUGCCUUGAGGAGGAGGAGGAAGAGGAUGCCGUUGAGCUGGAGACGUACCAGGAAAUCUUGGAAGCGUUCAGCUCAGAUGAGGAGUGCAUGGAGGCAGAGGCCGACGUCGAGGAGGUGGAAGAUGAUGCAGGCGAGGAGGCUGAGGCUGAGGAGGAUGUGGCCGAGGCAGCCGAGGAAGACGCGGAAGAGGGCUCCGUGGAUGCCAGAACAACUACUGAGGCCGUGCCGGAGACCUUGGACUCGAUUUCUGUGGAAGCAGGCCCCACGCCGGCCGACACCGCGCCGGAGGUUGACGAGGAGCUCAGCGACUCUGAAGAGGAGCCUGAGAUUGACCUCGAGGAGUACGAGAUCUCUGACGAGGAUGACCAGGAUGACCAGGACGACCAAGAGCUGGUGGACAUCAGCGACGUGGAGGAGGACGACUUCGAUGACUUCGACGGGGAAGACUUCGAGGAGGACAUGGACUUGGAGGACUAUGAGGAGGAUGACCUGGGCGCCCUGAAGCAAGGCUUUACCACCUGGCUGGCCUGCUGGGACAAGGGGCUGCCGAAGCAGCUGGCGCAGCCCCAGGCAGCCGCUGCCCUGAGGGAGCGUCUGCUGCGGGCGCUGCGCCAGGCCACUGGCAAGGAGGCGCUGGACGCCAGCAGCUUCUCCCUUCAGUGGGAGCACGCCCUGGUGUUUGAGGACUGCCCACCCUUGCUGGGCUUCAUCUCCAAGAAGGACGCACAGGCGAUCCUGGAGUUUGACGAGCUCAAAGAGUUGCAGCUUGAGCUCGCCUGGUGCGAGGAGGAGAAGUGGAUCAAAGGGCACGAGCCGGUGCUGAAGCCACGGGCGGAGCCGCAAAGUGCCCAGCCAGUUCCGCCCAGAGCUUCCCGAGGCAGCCUUUAUCUUCUUGAAAGCUUGGAUGCGCGGAUAGGCGGAAGGCACGUGAAGGAGCCGGCUUUCAAGGGCCCAAAGGAGGUGCCGAGGGAGCGGUCGAGAUCCAGAACAAAGCCUCGGGUCCGGCUGCUUCCCGACCCCAAUCGCGCGAGGUUGCUGCAGGAAGACUCCUUCCAGAGGCUGGGGAGGGAGGGUUCCCCGAGGUCCAGGCUUUGGGAUCAUGCAGACAGAGGCAGCAGGGCGCGUUUGGUGCGCGUGGACCGGCGCUCGGACAUCAACUGCUUCCCGCAGGAGCUGCCCAAGGUGGCUUUUGAUCAAGACGGCGUGCUGGUGGUCUACAAGCCUGCUUUCUGGACUAUGACCACAUGCGUGGAGGGCGUCAUGAGCCACAGGCACACGGCACUCCAAGACUGGAUCAGGGACAAUCUGGGCCGAAGGUACCCCUGGCUUCACCAGAACGAACGCGCCGGCUUGAUCCAUCGCUUGGAUGUGCAAACCAGUGGCCCCAUCAUCGCUGGUGGCCACCCGAAGGCUUUCAAGCAAUUGCGAGAGAGCCUCCACGUGCAUAAGUUCUACAAGGAGUACAUUGCCCUCAUGCACGGCGCGCUGCCGAUCCGUUCCUGCUGCGGAGAGAUGGACUACCCACUGCUCACCACAAGGGAGCGAGGCUACGCCGGCUGGCGCACCGUAGUGGACCCCUCAGGCCAACAGGCGCUCACCAAGUACGAGGCAGUGGCGGCGUACAAGCUCAUCCUUGGUCAUGGGAGGACCCAGCGCUACACGUUGGUACGCCUGCAACUCAUCACUGGCAAGACCCAUCAGAUCAGGGUGCACCUCAUGGAGCUGGCGCGUCGGGAGAAUUUGAAGACUCAUGGCAUCGUGGGCGAUUACAAGUACUUGCCGCCACGUAGCGUGAAGCUGGACAAGAGGCUUUGCCGCCGUGUCUUCUUGCAUUGCUAUCGCCUACACUUUCCUCUUCCGGACACCAAGGAGGAGAUGUGCAAAAUCCGUUGCCCCUUGCCCUUGGAGCUGACGCAAGCUCUCGAUCAGGUUGUCUUGGACAGAAGCUUGACUGAAAGAUACAAAGCGCGCUGUCGUCAAUGUCGGGUGAUGCAGCCUGACAAGUACAUUGAGCAAAGCAGGAAUUGCUUGAACAUUCCUGGACUUGUGGACUACGACGAAGUUCGAAUGCCCAGACGCUGACUUGGCUAUAUACUGGACAGUUCGUCGUUCUCCUUGGCUUUGCUGCAAAAGCAGGCAGAGAAACACUAUUGGAAUUUGAAUUGGUUAGACAAAAGCUGCUUUUUGGCAGAUGCAAUGUGGCUCAGAUGAUUUCGCGAACGCAUUUCGCAUUGUGUGGCAGACAAUGUGGCUGAGAUGUGUGGAUCGGUGGCACCUUCAGCUGGCUUCACUGUGCUGAUUCUGGCUAUGCUACCGGCGUGAUGGUGGCAAAGCGCUUCAAGCUUGUAUCAUAAUGCAAAGAGGAAAACAAUGCACACGUUCAUAUG